UGAAGGCAACAAAAGUUCAGUAUUCAGAGUUGUGUCAUCAAUGGAGGAAAAACAGAACAGCACGGGAACAAAUUAUGCUCCAGAUCCUGGGGGAGCAGAGACAACACAAGAUGUCCCACGUGACCAAAGGCCAGAGGACAUUAUCAGCAGACAGUUGACUGAACAGAGCCGCUUUGCUUGUGCUGCGCUCUGCGGCGUGUCUUUGGGCCAGUUGUUUACUGGACCUGAAAACAGUGGGUUCAGGGAGCAGUAUCUGCAGGGUCUGGUUGGCUGGCUGAACCUGGAUGAGUCGGUGAUGCCUGUUAUGGGGGCUUUCCUGUCAGGCCUGGGGUUCGAGGGCUCCGACACCUUCCUCUCCAUCCUGCAGGCUGAACCUCUGCUGGCUGCUGGGGCCACCCCCGUCAUCCAGGAUCUGGUGUCUUUUUCAGUCAAAGACGGUCAGUAUGAUGCCAGAUCGAGGGUCCUGAUCCGUCAUGUCAGCUGCCUGCUGCGAGUCCUUCCUCAGCAGCUGGAGGAGUUUGAGGGAACAGUGGGAGAGAGACUGUAUGAAGCCGGAGAGGAGAGCGAAGAGGAGUCCUCUCGGCGGCAGAGGAAAGAACGAGGGCGAAAGUUACGACGCUACCUCCUGAUUGGAUUAGCGACUGUGGGCGGGGGAACCGUGAUAGGUGUGACAGGUGGGCUGGCAGCUCCGUUUGUGGCAGCAGGGGCUGGGGCUGUGAUCGGGGCUGGAGGGGCCGCUGCACUGGGCUCAGCUGCUGGCAUUGCAAUCAUGGCCUCUCUGUUUGGAGCAGCAGGAGCUGGAUUGACAGGUUAUAAAAUGAAUAAAUGUGUUGGGGCAAUAGAAGAGUUUGAAUUCCUGCCUCUCCGUUCUGGGAAACAUCUACACCUGACCAUCGCAGUGACUGGUUGGCUCUGCAGUGGUAAAUACAGUUCAUUCCAGGCGCCGUGGUGCAGCCUGGGCGAGUGUGGGGAGCAGUACUGCUUGGUGUGGGAGUCACGUUUUCUCAGAGAUCUGGGAUCAGCCAUGGCCUCUCUGCUGGACGGGCUGGUCAGCAUCGUGGCCCAGGAAGCACUCAAGUACACAGUGCUCUCAGGCAUUGUGGCAGCUCUGACGUGGCCUGCGUCUCUGCUGGCAGCAGCCAGCGUCAUCGACCACCCCUGGUGUGUCUGUCUGAACCGCUCAGCGGAGGUGGGGAAACACCUGGCUCAGGUUCUAAGAAGCAGACAGCAGGGGAAGCGACCUGUGAGUCUGAUUGGUUUCAGUCUCGGGGCCAGAGUUAUCUACUAUUGUCUACAGGAGCUGGCCAAUGACCAAGGUAGUGAAGGAGUUGUGGAGGAUGUGGUUCUCUUGGGCGCCCCUGUGGAUGGCUCUGAAAAGGCGUGGGAGAGAAUGACCAGGGUGGUGGCUGGAAAAAUAGUCAAUGGUUACUGCAGAGGAGACUGGCUCCUGGGGUACCUUUAUCGAAGUUCGUCUGCACAAAUGUCUGUUGCUGGGCUACAGCCAAUCAACAUCCAGGAUCGGCGUCUAAUCAAUGUCGAUCUUUCUUCCGUGGUGAACGGCCACCUGGACUACAUGCGUCAGAUGGACACCAUCCUGGUGGCGGUAGGAGUUCCCACUAAAGAAGUCCCAGGAGCGUCUUUAGUUCUUCCUCAGACGGAAACUCUCACAAAGGAGACAGUGGUAAUCCCCGACCAAACCCCUGAUGAGAAACAAUCGACUGAGACGCUUAACCAGGCGGAGAGUGAGGCGGCCGGGACGUGUUCAGAAGAUGCUGCUGCACAGGUGAAAGAGGCUGCAGAGACUGAGGAUGCGGCUGACGGUUGGGAUAUCCCUGACAUUUCUGACCUUCUAGACUCAUUAAAUGAAACAGAAUCAGAGAGUCAAACAGAACAGAGGAACCAUUUAACUUUGGAGGAGGAGGAGGAGGAUGCUGCAAAUGGCAGCUCGGCCUCUGAUGUAAACAGCCGGCGUGAUGUGGAAGAUGAUCCUGAUAAUGAACACGCUUCAUGGAGCUGGGAUGAUACACAAUGGACGACAGAGCACACACACAAACAACGGCAGCCGAACUUGUAAAGAGCAUGUUACAGCACCAGCUGCUUCCCCGUAAAAUCUCGUCUUCUCAAGUUCUUUUUUUUUUAAGCAACGGGGCUUUAUCCAAGAGAAUAAUCCCCUCUCAACACUCUGACAUGCCAGAGAUGGGAAUCACAAUGCACACAUAUGGCAGCCUCUCGAUGAAAAGCCUCUGACUGAACUGCCAAAUGGUGUUUUUAACCAGUCUUAUAAAUUAAUGACAAUUCAGAAUUCUCGUCAAUGAAGUCGAUUUUUGUACAAACUGUAAAUAGUGCUUGAUAAUUUAUUUUCGGACCUUGCUGUGACAUCUAAUAGCUAUGAAUAAUAUGUGUGUUUUGCAGGUGUUGGAAGGACGCUCCAAAAAGGUGACAUCUGUGUUCCUCUCAAGCCGUAUUAUUUUCAGGAGACGUCUCAGUUGCUAUGGAUAUUAUCACAGUCAUUUAAUUUCCAUGAGGCUAAAGGGGGAAGUGCAGCGGAUGUGUCUUCUUCAAGGUCUCUAUUUCUCCUUUUCCUGACCCUUUAAAUGUGAAGCGCUGACUGACGUAAAGUUACACUGUAAACUGAAGAUGAUACUUUUUAUAUUCUUAACCCCCGACUUCAGUGCGUUGGUAAUGCACCAGUAUCCAUUUCCUCAACCAUCAUUUGUGUUUGGAAGAAAUGAGUAAAUAUGUGUCUGUUGGAGUCCAACCAUGACAAAGGUUCACCGAUUAAAUGG